CUAAAAGUUUCACGAACCGAAGUCCCUGAGAGAACUUCGCUGGAUAGAAGUAUCAACAUGUGCGUGGCACUCGUAGUUUCCAAUCCGUCGAAUAGAGUGUAGAAUAUGCCCAAUGUAGACACCGUGCGUUCUAAUAUGCUGAGAGACUGAUGUGUUGUCUCGAGAAACUGUGCCAUUCAAAUCAAGUUGAGCAGUUGUGUGAGUUCCCGGGCGCCGAAAUAGCUAUGUAACAUUAUGAGACUAUCGCCUGUCAUCUGCUCGUUGAUCCUUGCAGCGGGACAGUUUCAAGAUGUGGCAAGCGCCCGGAGGCUUCAUCUGCGCGGAGUCCAAGUCUUUGGAGAGGUUUCAGAGCCGACCAUGUCCAGCGAGAGUUUGUCAGCUGUCCCCUCAAGCCACGGCUUUCGUCAGCCGGUCGUGUUGGACUGCGCCUACGAUUUGAUCGACGAUGGCGGCAACUCAUCCAUACGGGACAUCUACCCUAUAGUGAAAUGGUUUCGGAACGACGAACCAACGCCAUUCUAUCAGUGGUUAGCUCACACUAACUCACGGACCUUCCACCAUUCCUACAUCGACUUCGUGGACACCAUCUACAAACUCAAUGAUGUUCCGCAUGAGAUGUUCAGGGCGAUUAGGAUCACCCAUCCCGUCAAAGAGCUUUCAGGGAAUUUCAGCUGCGAAGUAAUUGACGAGGACGAGAAGGGUGAGGAGCAGUUCCAGGAGCUCGCAUCACACGCCUUGUACAUUUACGAUACUCCGUCCCCCUUCGAGCUCCGGCUAAAUUUCAGUGAACGUCAGUUGAGUUGUAAUAUUUCAACAAGUGAGAAGGUGGAUUCAGUCAGAGUAGAUCUUUAUCGAGUGGACUAUGAUGCUCUCGACGUCGAGGUCGCACGCAUCCACUUCAACGCGACGAGCUUGGCAGUUCGAGCCGGGAGCACGACCGAAUGGCAUUCGAUACAGGCUUCGGUCAUCCUGCAGCCAGAAGAUACUAAAGUUGCUGAAAUCGGGGCCAGUAGAACAUUCUUCUGCGACGUUGUCUUCACGAGAGUUGGCGACCCUCACAAGAACGAGAGCUUGGUCUUCCAGCGGAGCGUCCGGGUCGUUCACGAAGCUCCGUUUUCUGCUGAUUAUGAAGACCCUGAGUUUCUGCCUAAGCCCGAGGCCUGGUCUUUGUCUUCAGCGAGCAGCACUGGCACGAAGUCUGAAAAGCUUUUUAUAGGCAUUUUACUCUUCUUGUAUAUAAUUGUAUCAUUGUAAACAUUAUGAGAUGUGUAUCAUCAUUGCGAUAUAAACAUGACAAUAUAUGAUCGAGUAUAUGAAUCGUUU